AUGGACGACGGUUCUCUACGCCCGCUUGAGCUCAAGCACUUCCACCGCCGCGACCAUGGCGAGGAGCAGCUGCAGCGCGCCAUUGCCGGUGUCAUCCAGGCUUACACCAACUGCGGCCAGCUGCAUGAGGCCACCGCGUUUGCAUCGCGCGCGCUCAAGCUGCCAAACUUCAUGCCAGCCAGGAACGCUUUGCCGGCACUCGCCAAGGACGUGUGCGACGAGCUGCCGCCGACGUCGGUCUCAACGCUGCACUACAAGGCUCUGCUCGAGAGCGCCGCUCGCCAGAGGUCGGUCCGAUCGGCGCGCUCCAUCCUGCUCGACAUGCUAUCGCGCGAGCUGCCUGUCAACAGCCGCAUCCGGAGCGGUCUCUGCCGCCUGAUCGUAUCCUCGGCCAACAAGGACACUUCAGACAUGCUGCGCAUGCUCCGACGUGUCCUGCCGAAGAUGCAGCAGUCUGGAGACACGAGUGGGGUCGGCAUCGGCGACAGCCCCAGGAACCGACGUCUCAUCAAACUCGCGGAGUUCCUCGAUCGCCUCGGUCUGAUGGACAAGAUGAUCCUGCAGAAGCCAAAGGUGCUAGCGCGUGCCUCGCAGAUGGCGGACCAGUCCGAUCGCGAGACGGCCGAGGCUAUGCGUCGUUGGGCGCUAAGCGAUAUGAGCACGCCACUCGGGUCACAGCCGCAAGCGGCAACGUCCACGAGUGCCUCUGAUGGAACGGCUUCGUCCCAGCAGCCCUCGACAGCACCUUUGGCCAAGCACGAGCUUCUGGCGCCGCUCGACGACAUCAUGGACCUUGAUCAGCCACUCGAGCGUGCAGCGUAUGCGAUGCGAAUGCGCGUUUUUGCAGUGCUACGCCACGACUUUGACUCGGCUCAGCGGCUCUGGCGCUCGAUGAUUGAACAUGGAAUCGAGCCCACUGUCAAGCACGUCGAGCCGUUGGUCGAAGGGUUGCUUGCCGUCUCGCGGCUCACAGACGCCCAGAAGCUCAAGGAGAACGCCGUCCGGAUCUACGGCAUCAAGCCAUCGGUGCGGCUGCACACCGCGCUGAUCCGCGCCUACGCUCGCGACGGCGAUGAUCGCCGUCUGCUGCGAGAGCUAUCCGAGUUCAAGCGCAACGGCUACCAGCUCGACGAGACCAUCCUGCAGAUUAUCGAGACGGCCCAUUCGCAGCGCCAUCCCGUCCCUGUGCACGAGCGCAGCGUCGAUCUCGGCGAUCUGCACAGCGUGUCAAGCCGUUUCAAGGUUCAGAUGCGCGGUUUCGCCUACCUCGAAGCACAGCAGCUGGUGGCCCAUGCGCUGGACCGCGGAUUGGUGCCGGACGAUGUGCUAGUCGGCUUCAUUGGACGAUCGGUCAACUGGCUCGACAAGCAGUGCCGCCGGCAUCCGCGUCACGUCGGUCCUCGCUUGAGCGGGUCGACGCUGCAGCGGCCACUCGACCGGCAAGAGCUCGAAAGCGCCCUGGAUCUGGCACGGCAAAAUCUGGCGCGCGCCCGCAAGGUCAAGAGGCUGACACCGCUGCGAGAGAAGGUGGCCAUGCGUCGCUUCCGCCGCGGCGUCAUUGAGCUGAUCCUGGAGCUGGUCGACGGGUCGCUCAAGAAAGAGGCGCGACGCCUCGCAUCGCUGCGAGCAGUAGCUCCGGGUCUUGCUCAAAAGUCGUUGAUCGGCGCUGCAUCUCGACGACUUGGGUCACGACGAGCGCAAGGGCGAAAGGUCGGCAGGAAGGAGGAUCGUCAACCGGGCGUUGAGCGAGCCAAGGCGAGGCCGCGCGCGACCGGCGGCGGCGAAGCAGUCCCGUCUGUUGCGAAACCGGAUCGCAGACACGAGAGAGUGGCGGCCGCGAUCGGCCCAAAGAGCGCAGACCAUGCCACAGACUGUGCUGCGCCGGGGAGCACCAAGGAGGCGAACGGCGGCAUUGGCGGCAACUUGGUGGCGGAAGUCCGUCGGGAAGAAUGGGAGCUGAGCGAUUCUGGCAGGUAA